AUGGCCGACCAGCAAAUAAGCCUCGUCGACCACACAAAUGGCGACAACACGCCUUCGACGACCGUCACGCAAUCCGAGCAGCAGCUCACGAAUACUAGCUCCCACAUCGAUAUUCUCUACGAAAACCAGCGCGGUUGGUUCGUGUUCGGCAUACCACUCUUCUCCUCCAAGGCGCUGUGGAACCUGAGAAUCGAUCCCGCGCCCUGGCAAGAUGCCAAGUUUAAGCCUUCAGCUGUCAACAUCACAAACGCACAGGUGCCUGACCCGAGCUGGGUAUGGGACUGGAAAACUUGGUAUGUCGACAUGAGCCUGGACGUCGAUGAGGAAGGCUGGCAAUACAAUUUUUUGUUCAAGGGUUCAGCGUGGCAUGGCAACCAUCCAUGGUUUCAUAGUUUUGUUCGCCGGCGGCGCUGGUUGCGAAGACGUGUCAAGCAGAGACUGCCACCCAAGACCAAAGCAAACGCGAAGGAACGCAUGUUUGGUGAGCAAUUCAGCAUCGGUACAACCAUGGCUAGAUCUACGACGCUUGGCACUGGUAGCGGUCUGUUGGACAGUUCUCAAACCAGUUUGGACGAAGAGAUUAGAGACAUUGCGACAUUGAUGAGGAAGCUGAAAGCUGCUGCAAUCGACCGCGAGAAGAUUGUUUACAUACACAAGUUCAUCAACGAUGGGGGUGAGGAACUACACUACCUUGCAGAACAGAUUCCUGCAAUUAUGUCCAUGCUUGUUUUUCAAAAUUCACGCCGCCAACUUCUCUCGACGCUGAUGGACCGUUUCGAUACUGCAAAAGAACACCGCGAACAACACGAAAAAGACGGAAAGCCCGAGGGUGAAGCCGAGGAACGCCGAAUCAACAACCUACUUAAAGCCGUCGAGGCAGCGGACAACGAGUGCAAGAAGUUGGAAUAUUGGAGUGAUAUCAAGAACCUGACCGAGGAGGGUAAAGCGGGUAAUGCAACAGAUCCAGGCAUGGGCUGGGAUGAGAAAUGGCAGGGUCUUGACGUUAGUGGGGCCAGUUAUCCUGAGAAAUGA